AUGAAUCCAGUAAGUCCAUGGAUCGCGGCAUUGGCCGAGCAAUGCCUGUCGUCCUACCUCGGUCAAACCGAUCAAGAUGAACUCCAGAUUGAGGAUAUUGAUGGAUGCCUCUGCUUCAGUAACUGCAAUCUCAAAUUGAACACAGCUGUUGUGGUUUCGUGGGUACAGGAGGACAACAAUCAUCGUGCUACAUUUACAGACUCAAAGAAUCAAAUCGAUGCAAUAAUUCCAGCCGAAUCGCCAGAUAUACAAGAAGGAACCCUGCCUUGCCCACCGUCGAUCAAAGGAGGUCCGAGGCAUCUCAUUGAACUUUUCGAUAUCAAGCUCGUUUUCACGUACUCAACAGCUUUUCCCGAUGUCUAUCUUCAUGUCAAUCGCUUUAAAAUCCAUCAUAAUGCAGUCGCAAAAGGAGACGUACCGAAACCAAAGCUCAGGAAGGCAGCGGGUCUCAAAAGCUUGAUGACCAUGGCAUAUCAAAAGAGUCAAAACAACCAAAAUCAUGUGGGAUCAAAGAACCAAACAGACAAAACUUUGGCCGAGUUAUUUGCUUCUCAGCAUGAUCUAGCAAAUCGUUUUGAGCACACAGAGGCAUCCCAAUUACUCUUCUCUCAGUGCCCGUCCAAUAUGCAACAUGGUCCACUGGAGGAUAAGUCGCUGACCCAUCGCGUUUCCAUUGGCGAGUCAUCGGAACUUCUGGGAUUUCUCGCACCUUCUUGUCCAGUUCGCAAUAACAAAUUGACAAUUAAAGAAUCUCGAAAGAACCAAAGACUUUCUCCAGCUGAGGGUAAUGGCAGUCGGUCUCCUGUGCCGGAUGGGAGGACAUUGCCAUCACGACAAGAAUCCGAUAGAUUUUCCGUACCAAAUCAACCGUCAUUUCGGAGAUAUGCCAGUAUUACCGCGGAUGCGACAGAAGCUAGUAACUCGGCUACCAAUACUUGUUACGCCAAGCUCAAUCAAGAGGUUGAUGACUUCAUAGCCGAGGUUGUGAGGCAAACCGUGCGCCCUUUGGACGAUUUGAACGACCAGAGUCGGGUCCAGAAGGCUCGAUAUGUGGACAACCAACUGCCUUCAAAGAAACGAUGCCGUGGGAGUACAGAUGCGCCAUUACAAACAACUAAGAGCGGUGACCUGGCUUCGCAAAGCCAGCCAAAUCCAGAAUAUACAGCACCCUCUCAUAAACGACAGCGUACUGAUGCUGGAAACGCGAUGCCAACGGACACAAGCGAAACCAAGGAAGUGCAAAGCGAGUCGGUGCCAGCACUCCCUGGAGUGCGGACCGUGAGCACCAAAGCAGACAUUGUGUGCACACUCACAACGGACCCAUGGGAAGGCAUGACGUGUAUACCUUUGAGCGAGAUCGAUAUUCCAAAAGAUCAAGCGGUACUUCUGGAAGGCCUGAAAUGGAUCCCACAAGACACCGGUGUAUCUACCCCUCUUUGCCAUGUGCCUCCUUUCCUUCUAAUGCAAUGGAACCACAUUGCACGACGAACACAACAUCUUGCGGAAGACGAAGAGCAAGUAACUGAACGUGGUCCCACCCCCACUCCGACUCCUCAAGAUAUCAAUACAUCAAUCGUUGAUUCCGAUGAUAACCAGGUGUCUGAAAAUGAGUCUCCUGCUCGAGAUGCUCUUCCAAGAGACACCAUUUCCCCUCAAAGGCAGACCAGAACUAUCAGGCCAACCCCCACGCCAAACAGCACUCAAGAUCCCAUCAGCGAAACUACAGGGAACGGCACUAUUGACGUAGCGAAACAGACUACCAGUGCUGCUUCUAAGCCAAGACGAGAGAAUAGCACCGUGUCAAAGGAGAAGCUCAUACCGACACAACAAUGUGCUCGUCCUCUUGAAAAAGUAGUGGAGAACGUGAAGGAGCUCGAGUCGCCGGACCAGGAUCCCAAGGUCCCCCCAUUCAGAGAGCAGGUCGCUUCAAGGUCGCUCGACCCUAACGGUGACCGACCUCUAAAUCCAAUGCAACAAUGUCCGCAAAACGAAUUACCUGCGGAAAGUCUUCCAUUUGACUAUGAGCCUCGCGGUGAAUCAAGUGACGAUGAAAGCGAUGACGCUGAGAUGGAAACAUCUGUUCCGUUCGCUCUUGGGGGAACUCUUCCCUUAAGCAGUCAGCCAGAGCAAGUAAUAACUAGCUCAGGCCCAUUUCUUCCAAGGCUUGCGGCGGGAAACAUUCAGGUAGCCGAGACACCUGCCAUCAAUACGACGCGUCUAGAAUAUGAGAGGCCAAAAACACAGAGAGCUGGACAUCCGCUCCCGAGCUCCCAGCAGUCAUCCUCUCGAUCUGCCAAAACAUCCCCUAUAUCUCGGGUCCUGAACACCUACCGUUCGACAGACAGCUACAGGCACAGUGACCUAUUCUCAGAGGCAUCAAAUCCCUCGCCAAUUUUAGAAGACGGGUCACCGCGAGUGGAUGUACUAGGUACUCAAACUGAAAUGAGCGGUUUACGUGCACCAUCGCCUGUAGCAUUCCAAUCGUCUUCAGAGGUUGUACUUGAUUCCUCAAGGCCAGCUCAGCGCCAGCGUGGCUCAUCUAUCUUUCAUUUAGACCCGUCAGAUCACCCAUCUUCUUUCCCUUAUGCUAGCUCUCAUUCGCUGCCCAUGUCUCAAAUCAAUGAACCAAGUCAAGAUUCUUUGAGAGGAGUUUUUGCUCUCGAUGGAGACUCACAAUUGCCGAAAUUGUCACCAAGAGAGUUCACAGCCUGGGUCGCUACUCAUGCAGAAUUACCAUCCAAACUUCCUCGCUCUCCUCCCCGCGAGGGGACUGAUACUCGUCAAAUACCAUCAUACAAGACAACCAUCGAAUUGGUGGCACGGCGGCAAGACUUUAUCGGUAAGCCCGACAUGUCUGCUGAAGCGCAAACAAUCUAUGAAAAGUUCUGCAACGAUUAUUCGCCAUACUCUGGCGACUUCUCUCACUUCGCUGAGAUGUGCUCGAAACUACAAAAAAUGCGGCAAAACGGCCUGCUACAAAGAUCGUUCCUAUGGGAUGACUUUGUCAUCCGAAAUUUGGACGAGUACCCACGUUAUUUCGCAGAGUGCACAUCUCAAGAUUCGAAGACUAUGAAUUACGAAGAAUUUUUCUGCAUGAACUUCUCACGGCCUCAGUACAAGAAGAGAAGUUUGACAGCACACGGACUUGAAAUGGUCGCGUCACAGUUUGUUCCACCUGCCAGCGCCGAGCUAGCAAACCCGCCUGUUGCACACCAAGCGGCAACCCAAGACCAUGUGGCCCAGAAUGAUGCGAUGCAGAAUACAUUAGGCAAUACUUCCUUCACAGAAAGUCUUGUGGGCAGACUCGCGAACCUCCAUGCUCGGUCUUCUGCCGAUCUCGAUAUUGGUGAUAUGCCCAAUCCGAAUCUUGAUAUACCCGCUGCAACGCAGUCAUCCUCAUCCCCCUUCAUUAGCACGGGCUCGGAUGAAGUGGAAAUUAAAGAAGAACACGCUUCAUCUGACGAGUUGAGUGACUCUAGAAUCAACAUGAGUGACGAGGAUCAAAAGCCAGCACCCUCGAGCGAAGACGAAGACAUGGUCAACGAUUCCAACCCAGAUAAUCUUCACACUAUGAAUGAUACUGAUAUGACCGAAGCUGGCAUGGACGAAAUUGAGGAGACAUACGAAGAAGAUGACACUUACCAUGAAACCGCCAGCAUUGAACUCGGUGAUGAAAACGAAGAUCGCCGGCUGUCUGCCUCUCCCAUCCCACCCGCGGCCCUGGGUGCUUUGCCUGUCACCAAGCCCGAGCCGCCAAGGCAACAAAGGCCCUGGUUCCGGUCUCUCCAGAACAUAUUCCCCACUGGUCCUGUGUGGUCGGACGAUCCUGACACUCCAUUCAAGCGUUGGGCUCGCCAAGACCAGAAUGUCCUCCAAGAAAUCAAGCGUCGGGGUGGGACUAGAGUUCAGGUUGAUGAGAAGGGUGUCAUUUGUCGGCCGACUUACAAGCACGCGAAGGAUCCUGGCUCCUAG